AAUAAAAAAUUUAUUUUGAAUGGCGAUGUUUGAAGCUGCAACCAAAUGCAUUGCUAAAAGUAUAGGAUCGAAGACUCUUCACCAUGUUUCAGAUUUAAAUUCGUCUGAAAGAUUCAAACUUUUAUGCGUUGUAUGUCAAAAAAAAUCAUUUUGGCCUUGGAAAAAAACGCAAAUAUUCCCUACUCAGAUAGUAUUGCAAGAUAUUCUUUCAACUAAACUAAAUAUAGAGCAAUCAGAUGUAAAUUUUACAUUGGUCAAAGAUUAUAUUGAAAAUCCAACUCUAAACAUAAAAGGAGAUGUUGGUGCUAAGAUUGCAUCUGAAUUGCAGCUGGAAUUUUCAGCUUCUGACUCAGUUAGUCUCAAUAUCAAUGUUGGAUCACUUCAAAAGCAGGAGAUAAAAUGGCAAAAGCUAGACAAUGCAUUGCAGUCUUCAAAAGUAAAUACUCGCCAUCCCUUGUUAGAAGAAAUACAAUUUUUAAAGCGAACAGAGUUAGCAGUUGUACUAGAAUCAAUAUCCACAUGUGCUGAUAGUACUUUGAGUGGUUCAGCUGAUUUAAAUGUUACAACAGAUGACAGUGUGUCCAAUAAGUCUGUUGUUGUAGUUGAUGUGCAUACAAAGGAUUCCAUUGAAAAGAAGACCACACAUUCUUACACACUACCUUCAAAUACUGUGCUUGCAUUCAGUUGUAACACAUUUUCUGUUACAGAAUAUGGAGGUAUUGAUUUCCAUGCAGCUCCAGAUGAAGCUGAUUUUUCAACUAAAACAUUGCUGCAAAAAACAAAGAAGGAUUCAUUUGAUUUUGUCAAAUCAAUGUUAUUUUCAUUUGUUAAAUCAAGCAAGUUUUCAUCAAUCCAACAGUUCUUCAAAUCCAUCAUUGGUUCAGUAGAACAAUCUUCGCUUGAAGCUAUAUAUUUAUUACUUUUAGCUGUAGAAGGCAGUUCUGAAAACAAUUUUUAUUUAAACAGUUGUCAUUCAGCAUUAAGCAAAACAAUUGUUGAAAAUAUCGGUCUUUGGAAGCCAUUACUUCUUUCCUUGAACUUUUUUAUUCCUGAUGAUUUGAGUCUAAACAAGGCUUCUAUAAAAUUUCCAACCAAUGAUGAUGAUUAUCUUGUUAAAGGGUGCAUUGGGUGGAUUGAUGCAAUACUUGACACUGAUAAAAACUUGCGCCAUUAUCUCGUGCAAUUUUCUGAUGAACAUUUGAAAUUGUUACUACAUAUAGUCGAAAGUAAAAUCCUGAAUAAAGAAAUUAAUGAAGAAAUCCAAAUAAAUUUAAUGUUUUCGGAGAACCAAUCAACAAAGCUGUUUUUAAACGGAAUUGGAUUUGUGUUUGAAACGGAAGAAGAAAAAGAAGUUAUGACAUAUCCUUCAGAAGAUCAUCAAAAACUUUUAGACGCUUUUAUUAACAUUUAUCUUUUAUCAGCAUAGGUUGUUUAAAUUUUUUUUUCGUAUCGUGAUGAAUUUUUUUGUAUUAGUUUGAUUCUUUUAAAUAAUAUUUAAAAAUAAAAUUUAUAUUUAUCAUACAUGAUUUAUAGAUUUUGUAUCAAUAUAAAUUUUUUUUUUUUUUUUAUUUCAUUUAAAAUUGUUUAAACUAAUAAACUGAAAAAUCUUUUCUCUUCCUUUUUUUUUUUUGCGCUAGAAUAAAACGUUGUGUUUCUUUGUAAUAUAUUACUAGAUUAUUACUAACUUAUGUUAAAUUGAAAUAAAGUAUUAAAAUAAAUUAGUAAACUUGUUUAA